AUGGCCGGUAAGAAGCCUUCGAGCGCAGUGGCGCUUAUGAACGUGCGCAAAAAGCAGCGCGAAGAAGCGGUCCCUCGGCUUCCGCCAGUUGGAGGCGAACAGGAAGCGGGCGAUGAAGGCGAUGGGAAGGAUCCGGGGGCGGCAUCAAAGGCGAUGGGGGAGGAGGAGAGCGACUCGGACGACGACGCGGAAGGGGAGGAAGAGGACGCGCGCGAGCAAGCCGCAGUGCCCAAGAAGAUUGUCGCGGAGACGGCGCGGCCGAUUUUGAUCGACCCGAAGUCGGUGCAGUUGCGGCGGGACGUGAAGGUGGAGGCGGAAGUGGAGGCGAUGUUCCUCGGGGAGGGAUACCUGGACAUGGUGUCGAGCACGCCGCCGAAGAACUGGGGCAACUUCAACAACCGGCACGUCCAGGAAGCGCACGUCAAGGCGCUGCUGCGGUGCUUCGAGGAGACGGGCAUCGCGUUCUGGGAGCACACUAUCUCUAUAAAACCCCAUCCUGAGCUCAGGAUGCCGGAAGCGAAUGGAAGCGAGCACGGAAGCGAGGCCAUAUCUCCACCAAAACUAUGGAAGCGAGUGAUUUUUUUUGCAUCAUCCUAUAGCCCUCGUUGA